CGCGCCACCACUCUGCUUUUUUAAAAAAAAACCCCGAGAGACAGAAAAGCGACAGUAACUUUAACGUGGCGACGUGCUUCCCCGUCAGCCUAACCCAAGCCCUUUUAUAUCCCGACCGCCACAGCCCGGACUGUGUGUGAGAGAAACAGAGAGAGAUAUCCGAUACCCACUUGUGUAAACUCGGGGAUUAUCGCCGGUAACACGAUACGUCUGCGGCCUCUCUCUCUGUAGUUUCCUCACGGCUGUUUUUUUUCCCUCAAAAUAUGAAAAGAUCUUUUUAAAAAAAAAGUGCGUGAGUGGGGGUUGUUAACAACUAAGAAUGGAUAUUGUGUCGACGUUGGGGCUGACCAAUUUCGUCGUGCAAUUUUCCCGGAUUUCCAUGUACCCCUUCUUCGACAUGGCCCACUACACCCUGUCCAUCAUGAAGCUCAAGGAGCAGCCAGGAGCAGUAGAUGUAGCACAUCGCAGUCCAAUUGCAUGUUGGUUCAGUGGUAUGCUUUGCUGCUUUGGUGGAGCAAUUCUGGCAUCUGUGCUUCUAGGUGAACCUCCCAUUGAACCUUUCACAAACAACAGAAAUAUAAUACUGGCUUCCGUAAUUUGGUAUUUGAUAUUCUACUGUCCAUAUGACAAGUUCUACAAAUGCUGCAAUUUUUUACCAUCUAAGUUAUUUAUUGCUGGUAUGAAAGAAGUGACAAGAGCCCGCAAAAUUGUUGCAGGUGUAAUGGAUGCACACAGCCGCUAUAGAAAUGGCUGGCUUGCAGUGAUUGCUGUUGGAUGGGCAAAAGGUGCUGGUUCUGGGCUGAUAGCUAACUUUGAACAACUAGUGCGGGGUGUCUGGAUACCUGAGAGAAAUGAGUUGCUGAGAAUGUCCUAUGGAACAAAGGUAACUCUGAUAGGAGCUGUACUCUUUACUUUUCAACAGAUGAAUUAUCUCCCAAUUACCAGACACAACCUGAUCUUCUUAUACACUAUGUUUGUUGUUUCAACAGAGGUUGCAAUGGUGCUGUUUAACAUUCAUCAUUCCCCUUUUGCACCUAUGGAAGUGGCUUUGUACCAUAUGGCAUUUAGUUGGCAGUGCACUUCCACUGAAUCGCAUCUUCAAACGGAAGCAUCUAAUACAGGGGAAACCUUGGGUACACAGUGCUCUGCCCCCUUGGAUGCAAGUCCUGAAGAAAUUGAAAGUAUCAAAAGAAGGAGGGCAAAGAAGACAGAAUAAGAUGCUUAUCAAGAAUUACAAGAUCCACAAGAUUAUCUUUUUGUUGCACUUCUGUUCCAGGAAAGCCCCCAGACGAGGCUUGAAAUUUAAAAACACAAAUAGUUAUCUGCAAAAUAAAAUGUACCAAGUUACUAAUGAAAAGUUUUGCCAAACUCCAAUAGAAACAAAACAGUCUAAUGACUCUUGUUAGUGAAUUUUUUUGUUCUGCAAUGUUUUUGUGGGUUUAAGUGGGAAAUACAUUUGAUCUUUGUGUGAGACAUUUGAGGAUCUUUCGGUGUGAAGAGAAGGUUGCUGUAAUAUAUAUAAAACAAGAUUAAAAUAUUGUUUCAAAACUUAUAAUAAAUGUUUGAAAACCUUAUGUAACGAUUCAUAUUUUUAAGACUUACAAGUGCCAGAAAAUGCUAAAAUUAUACAUUUCACAAAAUGCGACUUUUUAAAUGCAUGUCUAAAUUAUUGGGCAAAACAAACUUUUUAAGCUCUGGUAAGUAAAGGGACAUCCUUGACCCAACUCUGAGGCCUGAAGUUGAAAAUUAGAUAUUCUCAAUUUCCUUUGGCAGUCUGGACUAGAUUGCUCGUGAAAGAAGGUAAUAAUGCAGUUUGGAUUGACAUUACUGCAUCACUCAGGUCAGCCUCCCAAUUUUCUUGAUAACAAAAUAUCUGGGAGAGGAAUUGUUAACUAUCAUUGUCUGGUAAAUUUGAAGAUAGGGUGAUGCAGGAUAAAUUGGACAGGCUUCUUUUCUAAUAAUUUCCUAUUCAUGUUAUGUAGUAUUGUUAAAACUAUAUAUUUUAUACACUCUUCCUGCUGUCAGUGGUUUUUUCAUUAAAAUCCAAAAUAAACUGUCAACCAUUGCAGUCCUGUUGAUUCAAGACUUUAACCUUGCUCUAUAAAUAACUUGGAAAGAAGCAAAACACUUUGGCAAUAAAAUUUAUAGCGUAGUCACACUGAAUGUUUGGUUCUGAUUUUCUGAUCAAGGCUCUAUUUUGUUUUUGUAUUUUUAGUAAACUGAAAGUUCGGAAUUCACUGCAAUUUUUAACAAGAAAGCUAUUGAAUGUGAAGUGGUUUACUUCUGUUCUGAUACAAAGUGAAUUUGACCUUUUUCAAUUAACAUUGGUUAAACACUGUACUUUUUGUGGCACAAUUCUUUCUUUGUUCACUGUUUUAAAGUGUACUAUUUUACAAAUGUUUCUGUAAAUCUGUGUUUGUACAUUUACAAAAAAAACCAGCAAAAUGAGGUAGACAAAAAUUUCUAUAUUGUGUAUUUUCAGACGGAACUUUUCCAGAAACCUAUGAUGCAAGAGAAUAUCUGAAUUUAUUUUCUAUGCUUAAUUUAUAUAUAUUCCAAUGUGAAAUAAGAUCUAAUGGUUGCUUGCUUGACAGCCAGGAUCCAUAACAGACUUUAAUCCGUGUCUUACCAGGAGUCAAGAUUUGUCUAGAUAAGCAAAAUGUUCUACGGUAGUAAUUCGGGCAGUCUUUGUGUGGGAGAACUAUUGGAACGUAACAUCACCAUUCUGUACACAACUGAUUAAUUACCAGAUCACUUUUAUAAUCUCUGGGUUAAUGGUGACUUAAAUGUAACAAUUUACUUGAUCCAAUUUUCUUUAAUUUUUUUAAAAUGUGCAUGUUUGGC